AGACUACAAAGAAAUCCUAACGUCGAUUUUGGAGUUUCGUGUGGGCAGCGAGGGCAGGUGGGUGUGAGUUCAAAAUCCAAACAAUCGUCCCCUCAAUUUUUCAUCGAUAAAUGCCGAAUAAAAUGUAAAAUAUCCGUAAACAGGACUUUGCUGCAGGCCAGAGACAAAGGAUAUCAUUGAUUCCGCGGGAGAAUGAUCCGAGUAUGGCGGUGAAUAUUUGGAAAGAGGAAGGAGUGAAGAAAAAGGAGACAUGAGUGAGCGCAGGGGGUUCAGGAACGAGAGGCGGGAUUCAGUCAGCUCUCUCUCCUCGGACGAUCCACUCCACGAGAUGAGUGAUUUCUAUGGGCAGACGCCACCCAGGACGCGACAGAGCAGGAGGCAGCGGGAGAGGAAGCAGAGGACUUCCUGGGGUGAGACGAAAGCCUCACCCGCAUCAAGAGAACUUCGCGCAAAGCCCAAUAUCUGCCGCCGAGACACCCUGGACACAAUGAUCUUCAACAAAAUGUGCGAGGAUGCGGACAAGGCUCGCGACAAAGAAGAGGCAGCCAAGGAGGGCAGCAGAAAAUCCAAGAGAAGUUUAAAACUAGCUCGAGGAAACGAGAGAGAUCUAAAACUUGAUGUUGAGGCUGCAGCACAUUAUGCUGAACGAUCAGAGCGUCGAUCAGCCCCAGUGCCAUGCAACAUGAAGAUAGAGACCAGGAAUAGAUUUCGUUGUUUGCGAUCUAAACCAGUGGACAUUAAUCACAAGAGGAGGGAGCCUGCCCCAGUUACUGCCCCAGCACCACCAACACCAGUUAAUAGUGUUGAGGAGGCGAAACCAAAGAAUUUGACGGAGAGAGAAGUGUUUCACGAUACUUUCGCGUUUUUAAUACGUCUGGGAAGUACAGACAGGGAAAAGAAUUGUAGAAGACAGAUGAGUAGCGAAGAGUCGAGAUGGCAAAACGAACUCAAGGAUUUAAUUUGGUUGGAACUCCAGGCGUAUCAUGCAGACAGGAGUCUCAUGGCUCAGGAUGAGUAUCUGUGCAAGCAGAGAGAGGCCGUUGGGCCUUUACUGACUGAAAUAAUGGACUACAGAUACAAUCCAGUUUCAUACUCCAACCCCCCAUCAGCAGCAUCAAGUUCCAACGACAGUGGCUUCGAAGGAUCAACCCCUGUCAUAGUAGAGCCCACGUGCAUGGGGUGUUUGAACAUGCGGUGCAGACCCUGCUCCAGGGCGCAGCUGACAGCCCUCAAACAAGUAGAAGUCCUACUUUGUCGGCUGGAGGCCGCCGAGGCCCUUUACCCAUCGUGCCAGGCCUUCGCUGCCAAUUACCCGAUGUAUAAGAGCCCAGAGUUUACCGGCAGAGUCAAAGCCAUGUGCCUGUGGUACAACAUGACUCGACAUCACAGGCUGAAACUGCAGAUCUUGGGAAAAUUACUGAUGCUGCUGGAUAGCCCAAAAAAUACGAACUAUGAAGUCGAUUCUGGAACUAGUUCAAGAUCCUCCGAAACUACUGAUUUCCUCGACCCCAAGCCGCCAGUCGUCCGUUUCGAGCUCUCCUGCCUGGAUGACAGUGCCAACAGCACCCCCUCAGACAGUACUAACAGCAACUCCUCCGCGGGGGGCAUGUCCCUCCUGCAGUCCUGGCCGUCGACCCCCGAGUCGACCCUCAGCUGCUUGGACGACCACAGAUUCGACUGCCUGGACCACUACCUCAUGGAGUUCGACAGACAAGCCUACCGAAAGUACAUCGAAGAGGUCCUCAAGACUCGGGGUUUGGGCAAGAGCCUCAACUUCCUGGAGCGUCUGCACACCUCAGUCCUCCGGAAAGCCAGUCUCGCUCUGAAAAAAUGGGCCACCGAAUCCGAGCUCUCGACGAACGAAGAGUACGAAGGCGACAUCGAGCUCAAACGCUACGGAGUCUGGAGCCCAGAGGCCAAAGCUCUGAACCUCCCCUCGUACAGAUCGGCCUUUAUAUUCCUCUCUCGAGUGCCUCUGGACGUUGUCCACGAGUUCCUCAGGAUGAGGCUCGAGCAGAAACCUGAGCAGCCAGGGCCCCUCUCAGUUCGACAACUGAUGAGGGAGAUGCGAGAGGGGCUGAGGAUCGCCUGCAUCCAUCGAGACAGAUUCGUCGAGCACUCGAAGACAGUUCACGCUUUCGAUGACUACAUCACGGGAACGUCCACAGAAUCCCCUCCACACUCACCUCUCGUUGAGUUCGACGACGUGAAGGACUUUGACGACAGCUUGCAAUCGGUCUUCGAGGUGUACCUGGAUUAUCUGCGCCAGUGGGUGGAGAUGGUCCAGUACAACAGCUUCCACAAGAGCCUGAUUGACGACGAGUGGAGUUUCGUGAAGUCCAUAGCCGGGGGGAUCAAGCACGGAUACAAGAUCGGGGGAAUUAAAUUUUGCGAUAUAACUUGCACGAUGAUAGAGCAGAUACAGGAGUUCCUGGUGACGAGACCUCAGGAGAUCAAAGAGAGUACUGAUGCCCUCGAGGGAGAUGUCUCGGUGAUUAAGUUUCACCUGAUGUCUGUGGGGAGGGAGUGGCAGGGGACGUUCGUGGAGGCUAGGGAGAAGAUCACCAAGUGCCUGACAUUCGCUAAAUCCUUGAAGAAGGACAUUAGUCAGUGGCCUGAUGCCUCUGGAGACCUCAGCGAUGCAGUCUUCCACAUGAAAAAUGUUGUAUUGAGUCUCAGGGAUCGAUUGAUCGUUCUCAUAGAGGACUUCCAAGCGACCAUCGACGCGGCUGAGGAACCAAAGUCCGAGAAUGAUCAGUUUGCCAUGAAGACUCGAGUUCGAGAGAUUCUGCAUCAGGCUUACAGAAUGGGUUUUGAUUAUCAUAAAGAGGUCUGCAAGUUGUUUUCACCUGAGGAGAGGGGACUUUUGGUCCAUGGGCUGGUGGAUUUCGCCAUGUUGUGGAUGGAUUUCGUGAAGGACAGGUGCGAGAGGGGCAGGGGGCUGAGACCUAGAUGGGCGAAUCAUGGGUUUGAGUACUUGAUGACAGUCUGUGAGUCCUCGAACACUAGGUAUUUGUCUGACGAGGAGUUCGAGGCGCUGAAAGAAGCGAUGGAUCGAUGCAUAUCCCAUGUUGUUGGGGUUGCGAGUGCUCCUGGUUCACACUCAGAGCAAGAAGGGGUCAAGAGACUCCCCAGGUCUCGGGCCUCAUCACCAGCGAGUUCUGGAGGUAGAACGAGUUUCAGUAUUCCUUCCAAGUCGAAGGAUAGCCUGAGAUCUCCGGAGGCAAAUCAGAGGAAGUAUUCGUCUCCACAUUCGAGUGAUGGGAGUCUAGCUGUAAGUUUAAUUGUACCUGAGACGACGCAAGUGAAGAAGGAGAGGAUUCUGUCGGCUUUGAAGAAACUUGAGAGUGAGAUUGACGAGAAGAGAAGAGGAUGUGAGCUCAUUGGCAGUGUCACUGACAGAAAGUCUGUGGAUAAAAUCAAAGUCAGGAUUAAGAGGGUCACUUUCACCUGGCAGAGGGGCAUCAAGAUUGGCCAGGGGAGGUUUGGAAAGGUUUAUACAGUCGUUAAUAAUCAGACUGGUGAGUUGUUGGCUAUGAAAGAAGUUCCUUUGCAACCUGGGGAUCACAGGGCUGUCAGGAGACUCGUCGAGGAAUUGCAGAUCUUCGAAGGAAUCCAACACAAGCAUCUGGUCAGAUACUAUGGCAUUGAGAUUCAGAGGGAGGAGAUGCUUUUGUUCAUGGAAUUCUGCGCUGAAGGCACUCUGGAGAGUCUCGUCGCAGGCUCCGGGAAUGGACUGCCUGAGAUAUUCAUCAGGAAGUACACACAUCAGCUUCUACUGGCUGUUUCUGUUCUGCAUAAUCAUGGAAUUGUCCACAGGGAUAUCAAGACUGCGAAUAUAUUUCUUACGGAUCAGGGGAAUUGUCUUAAACUUGGGGACUUUGGGUGUGCAGUACAGAUCAAGGCGCAUACCACUAUGCCUGGGGAACUGCAGGGGUUCGUGGGGACUCAGGCGUACAUGGCUCCUGAGGUUUUUAUGAAGACUCAGAGUGGGGGACAUGGCAGAGCUGCUGAUGUCUGGUCUGUUGGCUGCUGCGUCGUGGAAAUGGCCAGUGGCAAGAGGCCUUGGGCUGAAUUUGAUUCCAAUUAUCAAAUUAUGUUCAAGGUGGGAAUGGGAGAGAGUCCAGCACCUCCGAAACACCUCUGUAAAGAGGGUGUUGAGCUGGCUAGCAAGUGCCUCACCCACGAUCCAAAGAAACGACCAACAGCCAAUUCCCUGCUGUCACAUCCCUUCGCAAGGAACUAUGAUGAUGUCAACGUUGAUCUACUUACUCGUGUGGCUAGCUGAAUUGACUGAGUGCUUGUAUUUGUCUAUUUAUCUACUUAACGAAAACCCACUGGCUGCGUUGUUUGAAAUUUCUCAAAGCCUGACGCCCGUUCUGCUUCUGUAUAUAUCGGGAAUUUAAUUGUGAUAGAUAUUCUGUGCCUGUUUCAACAUUCCGGACUAUAGUCGCUGUGAGUAAUCACGCAAUAUAAAGUUUAUGGAUUCUA